AUGAGGGACAGGGACAGGGAGAAGGUCAGGGACAGGGACAGAGACAGAGACAGAGAAAGGGACAGAGAAAGGGACAGGGACAGGGACAGAGAAAGAGUCAACAGGCUUCCAAGCACCAGUCAUGGAAGGUCGGCUGAGCGGGACAGCGGAAGGGAAAGACCACCCAGGGAGGAUGACGGCCACAAACACCUGGAAGCUGCUCGCAAAAGGAGCCGAAGCAAGGACGCGCAAGCAGAGGGAGAGCAUGUUGAGGAUGACCGUGCCAAGCGCCAAAAGCCAGCAGAAAAUGGGGUGAGCUUGCCAGAAGAGGUGGGCCUCGAUGCGGGCAUUUCCUCAGAGGAAAUGCAGAUGAUGGCAGCCAUGGGCAUCCCAUUUGGAUUUGAGUCGACGCAGGGAAAGCAUGUUGAGGAUGAUGCAGUCAACGCUGGUGCCGUCAAAGCAAAGCAAACUCGUAAAGCACGGCAGUACAUGAAUCGCAAAGGCGGUUUCAACAGGCCGCUGCCCGCCGAGAGGACUGGAGAGGUGGUCCCCAGGGAUUAG